UGAGCAACAAAGGGGACGGGGUGCAACAGGGGCUGGUGGCCAGGUAUCUGACCAGGACCGUGUCCCUUGAAGCUUGGUGGCUGGUGACAGUGAGCAGAGCACAGCAAGUGCCCCGACCCUCCCUGUCACUGCACCCCAGCCAAGGGGUGUCCCUGGGGGACACUGUCACCCUAAGGUGCCACCUGCCCCAGUCAGCUGCCAGGGUUGAGCUUUACCAGGAUGGACUUCUGAGAUCCUACAAGGAUGUGGACAAGCAUCAGGUCAUGGCUGAGUUCUCCUUGGUUUCCGUAAAGCUGGAAGAUGCAAUGAAGGAUUGGUGCCAAUACCGGGUUUUGGAGCCACCAGGAAGAUCAGAGAAGAGUGUCCCCAUCGAGUUGGUGGUGACAGAUAGUCAAUAUUCCCCACCUAACAUUUCCAUGAGCCCUGACAAAAGCGUGGCAGUGGGGACCAAUGUCACCAUCCGCUGCUGCAACCGAUAUGGGGGCAUCAUCUUCCUGCACAAGGAUGGGCACUCAGCCCCUCUCCAGAACCAGGACCCCAGUGAUGAAGGCACGGCCACCUUCAUCCUUUUUGUGGUGACCACAGCUGACAAUGGCACCUACAGGUGCUCCUACCACCCCAAGGCUUAUCUCUUUGUGUCCUCACCUCUUGGGGACAGCGUGAGACUGGUGGUGGCACCCACACCUUCACCCCUAG